AAAGUCUUUUGUGAUAAAUCUUUUGUGAUAAAGUCGCUGAUAAGUGAUAAUGAAUGUCGGUCGUACUACCGUAUGAUCUAAAUUCGCUCGACGGACAAUCUCUUCUGUUAGCGGGAUUAGUGUUGGCGACGAUUCCAGUUUAUAUCCUUUAAGUUGGGAAAAUGUAGUUGUUAAAACGACAGCUGGACCUGAGUAUCCUGAUCAUAUUUGUAACGUUGCACGAGUAUUGAAGAUCGAAGUCAGACCAUAGUCAGACUAUAUAAGUAAUCACUCGACAAUCUGGCCACUUUGCUUUGGCGCUUUUUAGUCACAACAGUUCACAGCGUGCAAACUGUAAACUGCAACGCAGUUCUUAAGCAGAGUAUUUUUAAGUGACUGUGAAUUUAUGGAUGACAAAGUCGAAAUAAGUUUUGGGGAUGAUGCGGCACCUGCAGGAUUUGCCGGCACCGGAAUUGACAAUCCUGUUUAUCAAUCCGAAACACUCUUGCACUUUCCCGACCAGCAAACCGACAGUUCUUCCAAACCACUGACACUUAGUUUUCACGAUAUCUGCUUCUUCGCCAAAAUUAAGAAAGAAGAGAAGCAAAUUUUGGAUAAUAUCAGUGGAAUUUUCUGCGGAGGCUUAAACGCAAUCUUGGGACCUACUGGCAGCGGUAAAUCUAGCCUGCUGGACGUAUUAGCCGGUCGUAAAGACCCGCAGAACGUCAGCGGUAAGGUGUUGCUGGAUGGGAAAGCCACACCCUCCGAUUUUCGAUUGAUGACCGGUUAUGUCGUCCAGGAUGAUGUCGUAAUGGGAACAUUGACGAUUCGCGAGAAUUUAUCGUUUUCCGCUGCUCUUCGGCUGCCGCAGAGUUUGACAAGCGAUGAACGAAAUCAUCGAGUGAAGCAAGUAAUCGAAGAACUGCAGCUGCAGAAAUGUGCGGACACGAAAGUCGGAACAGAAUUAAUACGGGGAGUUUCCGGUGGCGAAAGAAAGAGGUGCAACAUUGGGAUGGAGUUGAUCACUUCGCCACGAAUUUUAUUUCUGGAUGAGCCAACGUCCGGAUUGGAUGCCAACACAGCGAGUCACGUAAUGAAAAUCUUGCAUCAGAUGUCUCAGAGUGGACGCACAAUUAUCUUCUCCAUCCACCAACCGCGGUUUUCUAUUUACCGGAUGUUUGAUACACUCGUGCUUCUUUCCGCUGGCAGGGUUGCGUACCAUGGAUUAGCCGCUAAAUCGAUAGAUUAUUUUCAAGAAAAUGGCUACGAAAUUGAAUCGCACAAUAAUCCAGCCGAUUUUUUCCUGGAUGUGUUAAUGGGCGAAGUGGAAAGAAAUUCCCAAGCGGGACCAUCGGAUGAACCUCUGGAACUGUUGUACGCGAGAUCUGAGAUCAAAGAAGAAGUCGAUCGGAAACUUGCCUCCAUUUGGUCCGUUCAUCAACUAAGCGGUGGACGAAGCGAAGAAAAUAGCGGCCACAGGGCCGGCUACAAGACAUCGUUUGCACGGCAGAUCGCGAUUGUUUCUGGGCGAACGGUGAAAAACCUAAUCCGCAAUCCGCAAACAUCCAUUCUACAGCUGGUGAUCAUGGUUGUUUUUGGAGCUAUCGUUGGCGCCAUAUACUGGCAAGUGGAUCAGUCUUAUCCUGCCGGACUUCAAAAUCGAUAUGGUGCUUUCUUCUUCAUCAUAAUGAAUUUAGUUUUUGGAAAUCUGGAUGCCGUAGAACUUUUCGUCAAAGAGCGGAGGAUCUUUGUGCAUGAAAACGCAAGUGGCUUUUAUCGCGUGUCCAGUUACUUCCUGGCAAAAGUUUUUUGUGACAUUCUGCCACGACGUACGGUUCCCACGCUGAUUUUUUGCUCCAUUGCUUACUUCAUGAUCGGUUUCCAAACCGACGCCGCGAAGUGUUUUAUUUUUGCGCUGACGAUGCUGUCAGUUGCUUUCGCUGGAGCAUCCUUGGCUUUUCUGUUCAGCGCCUCAGUCAACGUAUUUGCUAUAGGGAACCUUAUGAUUGCUUUGUGCUAUGUUUUUAUGAUGCUGUUUUCCGGUUUUAUGGUCAAUAUUGGGACCGUCUUGAGUUGGCUACAGUGGAUAAAGUGGCUAAGCUUUUUCCGUUACGCUAUGAGCGCGGUCUCAAUCAAUGAACUUCAUGGGAUGGAAUUUUAUUGCAGCCCUGGUCAAAAUGUCACAACGAUAUGCGCCACUGGAGACCAGUAUUUACAACAGCAAAAUAUCAAGUUCGAUGUUCCCUGGGAUUUAUGGCAAAACAUAGUUGCGCUGGCAUCAAUGGCACUUAUUUUGCUUUUCCUUGCUUACGUACAGCUUAGAAGAAUAAAAAAGUUACGGUAACUGUUAUUUCCAAACUAUAACUGUUAUUUGCAAACUGUUAUUUCCAAACUUUUGCGUACUUGCUUUUGGGAACAGCUGGGAACGGCGACUAGCGCAACAACCGCAACAACCGCACUCCAAUGGAAAGAAUACAGUUUUUCCCCAUAGAUGCAUGUUUUACAGAUUCUGUUUUUAACUUGUAAUCACUUAAAUUUGCUGUUUCUGUUAACCAUAAAGUAUCGUACAUGCUCAUUCAGACUUGCGAAGACUUUUUUAGUCGGCAAUUGCCCGUUCGCAUUUUGUUAAGCCGGCACAGAUAGACAGUAA